CGGAACUACGGGGGUGGCAGAGUAGGCAACUGCCCCUCCUGCGAACCGUACCUGUAUUAAUACAUAAUUCCUUAUUAACGACCCCCCUCCCCUGAACAUAUAGUUAGAUGGUUAAAAUAUUUUCUGGCCCCCCUGCCAAGAGGGUCUAGUACCGCCUCCUAUGAUUGCUAUACAACACACCACACGCGCAUAAUAUUAUAAUAUAAGUAUUAAGUAAAGACGUAAAGUUAGAGCUGUAUUGUAUUUUAAAAUGCAACGUUCACAGGGUAUCUCGAACGGUUCUCUCUAAAAACACAUUGGUAUUUGUACGACGACUAUGACAGUUAUAAUCCGGUAAAAGGCUUCUUAGUAAUGUGGUUGAGCCUAACCGCGACGUUCCUGUGGAAUUUCACCGAUCUCUUCAUCAUGUUGGUCAGCUCAGCACUGGCGGCUCAAUUUAAGAAACUAACUAAAUCCAUGCACAGCGUAAGAGGUCAAAUGCUGACCAUGUCACAGUGGCAGGAAUACCGAGAGACGUACACGUCCUUAACUCACCUGGUCAAGAAAAUCGACGAUCACAUCAACGUCAUAGUGGCAUUGUCGAUAGGCAGCAACAUUUAUUUCAUUUGCGCUCAGCUCAUUACGGAAAUCGAUUCCAUCAAACACAGCUACUUCAGAACGCUGUUUUACAUGUACUCGUUCAUGUUUUUGGUGUUUCGGACCACAGCAGUCGUGAUGCAAGCUUCCGCCAUAAACGACGAAAGUAAAAAAAUUGUGCCAGAAAUUUUCAUGUGUCCGACGCAUAGUUAUAGCAUUGAAGUAUGACUUUGACACGCUCUUCAUUAUCAAUAUUUAAAUUAGUUAUCAACUGAACAACAUGUCCGAGGUUUAUAGAUUAUAGUCUAUAAGCCUUGCAACAUGCCUCGGUACAGGGGCGGCUCCAGGGGGGGGGGGGGCAAGG